GUCUCUCUCUCUCACUCUCUCUGUCUCUGUCACUCUGAUAAAAAAGGAUUAACAGUGAAGAUGGAAACAAAAAAAUAUGCAGUGGUGGAAUUCACAGAGGACAGUGCAGUUGAAGUAGUCCCAACAUCAUGGUUGGAGGUGACCAAAGAGGGAACGUUCUGUUACUGGACGUUUGGAAACGCAAGGAAGCUUGUAAAAAAUUGCACAAUGCCAGACAAAGCAAAGUGGAGGCGGUGUUUGGUAAAAAAAAUUUGGCUAAGAACAGACUCAUACACCAAAGGUGUCCAGAAAUGCCGGCGUGUAGUGGAGACCUCAAACAUUGAAACGGAGGACAGCUCCACAAUAAACAAAAAGAGGGCACACAAAAAACCACCGAGAUUUCAGUCUGCAACAGAUUCCUCCUCAGAUGAUGAUGUUAUAGUUUUCCCAAAGGAGAAUACAAAUGUAUCAAAACCUCUUCCACCCAAAUAUCAGCCAUUCUCCAAUAUUCAUCCUCUUGACAAGGCAAAAGCAUCACUGCCAGAGUCCGGACAAUCAAGUGCGUCACAACCCUUUCAAGCUGCCUCACAGCUCCUCUUAGAAGAGCCCCAGUGUUCUUCUGAAGCAGCAACAAAGAACUAUCGCACAAAAGUAUUGCAAAAACUGCAAGAGAUUGCAGAAAACCAGCAAGACAUCCUGGCCUUGCAAAGAAGUCUACUGGCUGCUGUGGCUGUGACAGUGACAGAGGAAGGGAGGAUGUCCUGGAAAAUGGACCAUGCCAGACUGUGGAAGAACUACUAA